UUGCACAAGAUUCUGACCGAGGUGUGCAAAUUUUCCAAAAUUUCGAAACUUGUACAGAGAGAGGCGUUUGUCCAAAUUUAUUCCAAAAAUUUGGAACGAACCUGGGCGCCAAAAUUUGUACUCAGUAGCUUCCAAAUUUUCCAAAUAUAUUGGAGCAUCACAACACACCCAGCAGCUAAAGGACCUACAGGGCCAACUACAAGGGAGAAGCAGCGGCGGAGGGUACUUGGAUAGCGGCAGGGCCAUGGCGGACCGCAGGAAACGCGGCGCGCCUCUUGGUUCGUCCUGUGCUGGCCCACCGAGCCAAUGAUUCAGGCGUGCAUCCGGUCGCCAAGAGCUGGUGCGGCAGAUGAAAGCAGCUGCUGCUGCGGUGAUUCUGGUGCUGAGCGCGGCGGCAGUGGUCACCUCUGUAGCUGUGCACGCUAGCGCUAACAAGACGCGUGCGGCUAUCCACGAGCCACGGCGCCUGGUUUGGGAGGAUCACGCUGCUGACCUCAAGAAGCGGAAGCUCUUCCGGAGGAUGUAUCGCAUGGAGGAACCGGUGUUCAACAAACUGGCUGGGUUGCUGGAACCGAUCCUCCAACGGAACGACUACUACGCAAGAAAACGGUAUCGACGCGGUGCUGUUCCCACGAAGAUCCGACUAGCUAUCGGCUUGCGGAUGAUGGCCGGUGCUUCGUAUCUCGAUGUCGCCGUGCUGUUCGGCGUGUCCAAGGAGACGGUCUUCAGCAUCUUGUGGCAGGUGGUGGAUGCCAUCAACAGCACAGCAGAGGUUGGGCCGUUCUUUUUUCCGCAGAGCGAGGAUGAGUGCACCCGGCAGGCGGCAGAAUGGGAGGAAAAAAGCACGGGCGGCGCCUUUCAAGGUGUAGUAGCUGCGGGGGAUGGCCUCUUCGUGAAGACUCUUGCUCCGACUGCCCUCAACACUCCGAACGUUCUCUCGUAUUAUUCUGGGAGCAAGUGCGGCUACGGGGUGAACGUACAGGCGACAUGCGAUGCCAACUACCGGUUUUGCAGCAUGUCUUGCAUUGCACCCGGCUCGACCAAUGACUGGACGGCAUGGAACCAUUCGGAUCUAUCCACAGCGGUAAAAAACCUGCCACCAGGCUUCUACAUGCUCGGAGACGCGGCUCAGCCCCUAAGCGACCACCUGUUGACUCCGUAUCCAGGGAGGGGACUGCCGCUGGACAACGAUGCGUUCAACUUCUAUCUGAGCCAACUCAGAGUCAGGAUCGCAAGCGUUCGGCAUUCUUGUCGGCCAGGGGGGCAUCCUGUGGAAGCCGUUGCGUGUUCAGUUCGCUGGGCGCUGCGACCUCAUCACGGCGCUCUUUCGCCUCCACAACUUUCUCCGGGACGAGAAGGUCACACCAAUCCACCGGUCGGAAGAAGACGCCGAGGUGGUCCAGGUACGCCCCCACCUACUCGGCGACAAGACUCUGCCAGGAACUUUCAGCACGACCACCAAGACCACCAAGGACGCGCAGAAACCGACCAGGUCAGGCGAAGUCUCCACGCGCAAGGGGAUCACGAUGAUGCUGGACAACAAGCGCCAGUACCGCCCAAAGCACAACUUGGUGCGCAACGCAGCGAGGAAGACGUAAGGGGUCGAACGCGGGCGGGCUGCGGUGGAGGGAGGGUGGGUACCGAGGACGUACUACGUGGAUGAUGGGCGAGACGAGGCAAAUGCGGCGGUGGUGGCCUUUGAGGAGCGUGGGCCGUGGCCGGGGCG